AUGUUUCCAAGUUUGAUAAGAAUUUGGAGUUCUAAGGCCCAGAGUGAUGAUGAUGAUGAACAUGAAGUGGCUGUCAAUGUGGACAGUGGAGGAUUCAUGGAUGAAUUCUUUGAACAGGUGGAAGAGAUCCGUGAGAUGAUAGAUAGAAUAGCGUAUAAUGUAGAUGAGGUUAAAAAGAAACAUAGUGCUAUCCUUUCAGCUCCUAAUACAGAUGAUAAAAUGAAAGAAGAGCUGGAUGAUUUAAUGUCAGAAAUCAAAAAGAGUGCAAAUAAAGUGAGGGCAAAAUUAAAAGUAAUUGAACAAAAUAUUGAACAAGAAGAACAUUCGAACAAAUCAUCGGCAGACCUUAGAAUAAGAAAAACACAGUAUUCGACUAUCUCUCGUAAAUUUGUUGAAGUUAUGACAGGGUAUAAUGCAGCACAGCUUGAUUAUCGAGAACGAUGUAAAGCUCGAAUUCAACGCCAAAUGGAAAUAACUGGUAAAACUACAACAAAUGAAGAAUUAGAGGAUAUGUUAGAAUCUGGUAAUCCUGCAAUUUUUACACAAGGGGCAAGUACAACUUUUAUUGGGUCAUAA